AUUUUACUUUGUUAAGGUUAAGCAGCCAAUUAGGUCAUCUGGGUGCUGUGCAUCCUGGGAGUUGUAGUUUCCGGCUCCCUCCUCCUGAGUACAAGCUCCACUGAGCGGCUGGAGGACGGUUGCCUGGUAUUAUUAGGAAGCGGGAAGUAUGGCGGUGGCGCGCGUCGAUGCGGCUUUGCUUCCCGGAGAAGGAUCAGUGGUAAAUUGGUCAGGACAAGGACUACAGAAAUUAGGUCCAAACUUACCCUGUGAAGCUGAUAUUCAUACUUUGAUUCUGGAUAAAAAUCAGAUUAUUAAAUUGGAAAAUCUUGAGAAAUGCAGACGAUUAAUACAGUUGUCAGUGGCUAAUAAUCGGCUGGUGAGGAUGAUGGGUGUGGCCAAACUGACUCAACUCCGGGUAUUAAAUUUGCCUCAUAAUAGCAUUGGCUAUGUGGAAGGACUAAAGGAGCUAAUACAUUUGGAAUGGCUGAAUUUGGCAGGAAAUAAUAUCAAGGCCAUGGAACAAAUCAAUACCUGCACAGCUCUGCAGCACCUUGAUUUAUCAGACAAUAACAUAGCCCAGAUAGGUGAUCUAUCUAAAUUGGUAUCCUUGAAGACCCUGCUUUUACAUGGAAACAUCAUCACCUCUCUUAGAAUGACACCUGCUUAUCUACCCAGAAAUCUUGCUAUACUUUCCUUGGCAGAAAAUGAAAUCCGAGACUUAAACGAGAUCUCUUUUUUGGCAUCCUUAAGUGAAUUGGAACAGUUGUCGAUUAUGAACAAUCCUUGUGUGAUGGCAACACCUUCCAUUCCAGGCUUUGACUAUCGGCCGUACAUCGUCAGCUGGUGCUUAAAUCUCAGAGUCCUAGAUGGAUACAUGAUUUCUCAGAAGGAAAGUUUGAAAGCUGAAUGGCUGUAUAGUCAAGGCAAGGGGAGAGCCUAUCGGCCUGGCCAGCACAUUCAGCUUGUCCAGUAUUUGGCCACAGUAUGUCCUCUCACUUCUACACUGGGUCUUCAAACUGCAGAGGAUGCCAAACUAGAGAAGAUUCUGAGCAAGCAGAAGUUUCACCAGAGACAAUUGAUGAAUCAAAGCCAAAAUGAAGAAUUGUCUCCUCUUGCUUCUAUUGAAACAAGGUCGCCCCUUGUACCUGAGCAUUCAAGUCCUGUUCAAGAUUGCCAAAUAAUCCAAGAAAGUGAACCCAUCAUCCAAGUCAAUUCUUGGGUUGGGAUAAGCAAUAAAGAUGAUCAAUUAUAUGCUGUUAAGAAUAACUUUCCAGGCUCUGUACACACUACAAGAUAUUCUCGAAAUGAUCUGCACCUAGAAGACAUACAGACGGAUGAGGACAAGUUAAACUGUAGUCUUCUCUCUUCAGAGUCUACUUUUAUGCCAGUUGCAUCAGGAUUGUCUCCAGUAUCUCCUACGGUUGAGUUGAGGCUACAGGGUAUUAACUUGGACCUAGAAGAUGAUGAUGUAGCAAAUGAAUCUGUCAAAGGGCUGGAAAACCAGGACUUGGAUAAGGAAGAGGAAAAGGCUUUAUGGGCUGCAAAAGGGAAUUCUGUUAAAAUAAUGCAAAGCGAGAUCAGUGCAGAGGUAAAUGAGAAAGCUGGGCUGUUGCCUUGUCCUGAGCCACCCAUACUCAGUGCUGUCUUGAAGGAUGAUAAGCAUAGUCUUACAUCUUUUCUUCAGUCAGUUGGACACAGUGUCUUCCAUACACAACCAGAUAGUGAAGAAACCAUGUCUCAAACAGCUUUAGAGAAAAUUCCCUGUAGGAUUUCAACCCAAAGAUCUGUUGCUUUGGGGCAAGAUAAAGUUGCCAUUCAGAAAUUGAAUGAAGCAGCCACCAAGUUGCAGGCCUUUUGGCGGGGCUUUUAUGCCAGAAACUACAACCCUCGAGCCAGAGAUGUGCGUUACGAAAUUCGGCUGCGCAGAAUGCAGGAACACAUUGUCUGCUUAACUGAUGAAAUAAGGAGAUUGAGAAAAGAAAGAGAUGAGGAACGUAUUAAAAGAUUUGUGCAAGAAGAGGCUGUCAGAUGCCUUUGGAACCAGGUAAGGUCUUUACAAGCUUGGCAACAGACCCUGGACCAGCGCCUCGGUUCUUGGCAUGCUGAUGUUCCUAAAUCAAGUACCCUGGUGCCACCUAAACCUCCAUUAUUCGCUCAGAGUCAGGAGCCCUCUUCAGAUCAAAAUUCAGACUGGUUCAUUGCUCCUGAUGAAGCUCCUCAAGAGAAGUCCUUACCAGAAUUUCCAGACUCUGGUUUUCAUUCCUCCCUAACAGAACAGAUUCAUUGUUUACAGGAUUCUUUGGAAUUUGAAAAAAAUUCCACAGAAGGCAGUGAAAGUUCUAUAAUGGGUAAUUCCACUGACACAGUCAAAUAUGACAGAGAGUCAGAUUUAGGGGAUGUUAGUGAAGAAAAUGAUGAAUGGAAUAAGGAAAGCUCAAACAAUGAACAGGAUAAUAGUCUACUUGAACAGUAUUUAACUUCGGUUCAACAGCUAGAAGAUGCUGAUGAGAGGACAAAUUUUGAUGAAGAAAUAGCAGAUAGUAAGCUUCAUAUAGCUUGUUCCCCGGAAAAAUUAGAUGCCAUGUCUGACAGUGCUUCUGUAGAUGAGACUCAUGGCCUAUCUCUUCCUUUGCAAGAUGAAAUCAGCCAGACACCAGAGAAUCGUAAGUUAAAUGCAGAAGUUCAAGGGCAGCAGUCAGAGUGUGAUUCUGCAUUUCAGGUAUUGCAUGUUGGUAUCACUGUGUAGCGUGUCUGGUCUCUUGGGAAGCAGAAAUCCACUUUUCUUAAAAAUGUUUUCAGUUGCCUGCUUCAUUUUAAUUUUUUUUGGAGAGGAAUACUCCCCUCAAUUUUGUUACUAUUUAUACAGGGUUUGUAUUCUUGUCUGGUAUUUUCCAGAUUCUACAUAAUGAACUGAGUCUUCAUUUUGAUUUUGCUAGCCUUUUACUUAGCUGUAAUGUACCAAACAAUAUUUACAUUGAGAGCUAUAUGCACUUUAUUUCAUAACAACUGAAUUGCAUCAGUGAUGUUCUUAUUUCUUUUAUGUACUCAGAUUAUUUCAUUUCAAAAAUAAUUAAACUGGAAUAUCUUUAAAAAAAUAGGAAAUUUUAUCUUCAAGAUAUAAAUAAGAAAAUUUUGAUUCUUCUGUAUAUGAGGAAAUUAAUUAUGUAGUAAGGAAUGUAAUUGUUAAAUACAAUGACAAAUUUGAGGAUAAUGAAUUGUUGAAAAUAUCCAGUCUUCUUGGAGUAAGAACAUGUUUUUUAAGCCUUUUGCCUCCCUUAAGAGUAAGGAAAGCCUUCUUUUGAGCAAAUUCAGGAAGAAAAGGUAAGAUUAUAAAAUUUCUCAGUGGAGAUGAUUAAUUGGUCUCAUGGAAGACUUGAGUUAAUAUCAUAUAUCAGUUUUAACAUACGAAGUAAAGUGUUCCACCCAGGUUUAAAAUCAGGCUUACUUAGACUGCACAAGAACAUUUCUCUUAGCUGUGAAGAAAGCAAAUGCUAGACUCCGUUUACUUGGGAUAUUAUCGCAGCAAACAUUUAUUAUUUUUUCAUUUAGUGCUUUUUUUUUACCCUGCAGAUAAGCAUUUAUGUGCCAAUAUGUUUCCAGAAAUUAAUGUAUGUUCAUGUUCUUUGUUCCUGCUUGUGUUUGCUCGUGUAUUUCAGCAGAAGGUUUGUGGCCAUUCAUUUCACUUUUGACCUCUGCCUCCAUAGGGAAGAACAUUCAAAGUAAUACUACUGAUAGAAUAUGCAUCCCUUUUUUUUCUUAAAAAAAAAAAAAAAACUUUUAUGUCUAAAAU